AUGGACGUGGACAUGGACGACGCCACGGUGGAGGGUGAGUACCACCAGCUGGCAGUUACGGGAUUCUCGACGAUGCCACCACCACCAUCCGUCAACGUGGGCGCCCUGUACCUUGUCGUCGACACUAACGUCCUCAUACUGCACCUCGAGUUGGUGAAUCAACUCGUUGAUCUUGCUCCUCGAGCCAAUAUUACCAUAAUCAUUCCCGUUGCCGUUGUUAACGAGCUUGAUGGGCUUAAACUGGGGUCGAGAAAACAGUCGACGAAAAUACUGGCGCAAAAAGCAAUCACUUGGUAUUUUGAGUUGUUUGCAGCGAACUGCCCGUACAUUCGUGGUCAAAAACCUCAGGAAGUUAUCGACGAAUUCACCCGCAACGACGACGCCAUUUUGGAUUGUUGCCUUUACAUUAAGAAACAUCACCCAAAUGAUCUCGUUGUGCUUAUGAGUAAUGAUAAGAACUUGUGUGCCAAAGCAUUGAUUGAGCCCGUACCCACAGUUACGGUUGUUCCUGAAAUGACGGCAAUUAGUAUUGCCGAAAUGAUUUACAAUGAACGUCAGCUGAUGGGACCAGAAGAACCCCAAGUGAGGGACAUCGAAAUGACUGAUACGUUGAUGGCGCCAUUAUUCAACCUGGCUCCCGUCACUGAUGAUAUUCCUUCUGUUGUGCAUCAAGAGCUUGAGCAGGUGGCAAUUGAGCUCGUUGAUCAAGCCAUCAUCAAAUGCUACGGCAGUCGCGAAUUAACCCCUGAGUACACUCGUCCAUCAACCCUUGAAGAAGCAGCUGAGUUGCUCAUCCGCUUUUGGUUUACCGUGUUCGAGGAAAUCUUUGAAAAAGUCCAUUCCCGUAAGUUUGAUCCCUUUAAAGCAAAAGGUAAGAACAACCGUGGGGAAAUCAUCAACACCGAGAUCCCACUGCCCGCGGAGUUGCCAAACUUUGUGAACUUUUGGAAGAAGCUUUUAGUGCCUAUUCAUGAUGACAAUAUGGGAAAGUACCGCAAUCUGGUUGUGAAAGAUUACUUCAAACGGUGGACUAAAAUGGCCGAUGAAAAUAUUAACGAAGGCACGAUAUGA